UAAAGAGAAGGUCAAGAGUCAAGCCAUAAAAAGCAGUUGCAAUUUCAAAACCGAAACCAAAUCCAAAGUGAACCGCAAGAUAAUGAGUAUCUCGAUAAUUGCAUUAAUCCUGUGCAUGCUGAUGCAGUGCAUCCAGGGACAAACUCCUGCUUCAAGUCCGUUGCCGAUUGCGAAUCCCUUGGCGGGUCAAGGCUUCGACUUGGGUCGCCUCUUUGGCGGUCGCAGUGGAGAACCGGUUUGGACACUGAUCGAUAAGAACUUGCCACAAGUGCAACAGAUGAUCGACAGUACGAAGGAGAACUGCAUGGCGAAGCUGGGAAUGAAGGCGCCACAGAGAUCCCUCAUCCGGGAAACCCGACCCACUCCCAAGGAGAAAUGCCUGGUCGAGUGUGUGCUCAAGGGCAUCAAGAUUAUGGACAGCGAUAAGAAUCGAUUGAAUCUGCGUCGUGUGGAGGAGCUGACAAGUCUCGUCACGGAAGAUAAUAAAAUGGCGAUUGCCUUGGGUUGCAGUCUCGCCCAGAUCUGCAAUCGAUCCAUCAGCACAAAUAAACCCUGCGAGGCGGCUCAUCAAUUGAAUCAGUGCAUCGGACGACAUCUGGAGAACAAUAGGGUCAAGUUGCACUGGUAAAAAAAAAAUAGACCGGACCUAGCACCAAUCCCAAAAGCAUUGGGAAAUUAAU